AAACGGUUUACAACAUCGGAGCCGAGACUGAGAACAAAGCAGACUAAAGUUCAGUCCACCAUGACUUUCUUUAAGGUGCUCCUGUGUGCAGCUCUGAUCUUACAGGCUGUUUGUGGAGACUCCUCAUCAAGAGGAAGACGCAGAAACUACAGCUAUGAUCGUUCGGGUCAGGACCUCACCAACCUCUUCAACUCCAGAGUCCAGAAAGCUGAGCGGGUCUGGAGUCCAACGACCCAGACCAAAGACUUCGACGGUAGGAAGACGGUUUCAGACUUCGUGCGUGCUGGCGGUGGCAAAUACAACACUGCUCUCGAUAACUGCCACUGGGCGGCUCGCAGGAUGAUGAACCAAUAAACUGGAACCUCUCUGGCUGAGUAGAUUCAGCUUCUAUCCAGAUUUCUCUCCUGCUUCGUUUCCUAAUUUGCUUUUGACCCAUUUGUGUUGAUAAUAUCUCUUUUUAUUCUCAGCAUCCUGAACGUCUGGCAUGAAUAUUUCAUUUUACAGAUUUUAGCUUUGAUUUGUCUGCAGCGACAUUCUGAGCUUCAGCUUUUCAGACAGUUUAAUUAAAGAGGAAAUGAAUUGUUCUGUGGAUUGUGGCCGAACGCCCACAGCAGGGUGUGUGGAGUGCUGUUCCUCUGUGAUCAGGACGUCAGAUAAUCUGUGAUGUCACAUGGAGCCUCUCUGAAGGAGGUAGAGGUCAUGUGAUGUGGUGGCCUCCUAAUGUUUCUGCAUGAUCGGUCUGAAAUGACGCAGAGAAGCUCUGACUUCUGGAUUCUUUACAUGAUAAACAAAAACAGACAAAAUAUUUUCAUGAUGGUUUAAUUACAUCAACUUUUGUAUCUGUAAUGACCAGCUCCUUUAUGCAACAAUAAAUAUCUACACGUCUGCAUGAGCUCUGCCUGCUUGUCUCCUUCAUCUGGAUAGUUGCUGGGAUUUUGGAUUUUUUAAGUUUGAUUUUUUUCUUGUUUUGCAUCAUUUCUUUAAAGAGGCUCAUUUCAGAUAUGAAUUUUUGGCAUUUUGUUCGUUCUGACAACUCUGCAAAAUAAACACAACAAAGUAAAAGACUUCAUCACAGCA